GCACGUGAAGGUUUUCAGCUGGCACCUCUCUCAAACCUGCCAAGAUGUCAGUCGUGAACAAGUCCGAUGAGAGGAUGAGGAAGUUCAAGAACAAGGGCAAGGAUGUGGACGCCCUGCGGAGGCAGAGAGUGGAGGUGACUGUUGAGCUGCGAAAGUCCAAGAAGGAUGAGCAGAUCCAGAAGCGCAGGGGUAUUUCAUUCAGUUUCAUGGAUGAGAAUCUCUCUCCCGGAGAAGACAAAAGAAAUGAGAUUAUCCCGCUGUCCUUGGAGAAAAUCGCUGAAGCUGUGAAUGGGAGCAACACCAAGCUGCAGCUGCAGGCGACGCAGGCCGCCAGAAGAAUACUGUCCAGGCAGAAGGACCCACCUAUCAAUCAGAUCAUCGAGCUGGGGAUCAUCCCCAGGCUGGUUGAGUUCCUGACCCGCACUGACAAUGAUGCUCUGCAGUUUGAAGCAGCCUGGGCACUGACUAACAUCGCCUCUGGCACCUCUGACCACACCAAGGCUGUAGUGGAGGCCAAUGCCAUCCCAGCCUUGAUCUCCCUCCUGUCCUCCCCACACAUGCACAUCAGUGAGCAGUCUGUGUGGGCUCUGGGCAACAUCGCAGGUGAUGGUCCUCUGUACAGAGAUGCUCUUAUCAAUUGCAGUGUAAUUCCUCCCUUGCUGGCUCUGGUGUCACCUGCAACUCCAGUUGGGUUCCUGAGGAACAUCACGUGGACACUGUCAAACCUCUGUAGGAACAAGAACCCCUACCCUCCCCUGAAUGCAAUGAAGAAGAUGCUGCCAGUCCUCCUCUGCCUCAUUGAACACGAGGACAAAGAAAUAAUUUCUGACUCCUGCUGGGCUAUUUCCUAUCUGACCGACGGCUCCAACGAUCGCAUCCAAAUUGUGGUGGAUACAGGGGUUCUCCCAAGGCUGGUGGAACUCAUGGGCAGCUCGGCAUUGAUCAUUUUGACUCCAGCUCUCCGUGCUGUUGGGAACGUAGUCACGGGGACUGAUGAGCAGACCCAGGCAGCUAUAGAUGCUGGUGUCUUGGCUGUCCUGCCCAGCCUCCUGCGACACACAAAGCCAUCCAUACAGAAGGAAGCCGCGUGGGCGCUCAGCAACAUUGCAGCAGGGCCUGGCCAGCAGAUCCAGCAACUCAUCACCUGUGGGUUACUGCCACCUCUGGUGGAGCUGCUCGAUAAGGGGGACUUCAAAGCUCAGAAGGAGGCUGUGUGGGCAGUGGCCAACUUCACGACAGGAGCCACCGAGGAGCAAGUGGUGCAACUUGUCCAGUCUGGGGUCCUCAAACCUCUACUUAACCUGCUCUUGGCCAAAGACAGCAAAACUAUCCUGAUCAUCCUAGAUACCAUUUCAAAUCUCUUCCUGACGGCUGAGAAGCUGGGAGAGACAGAAAGAUUGUGUCUGCUGGUGGAGGAGCUCGAUGGUCUGGAGAAAAUUGAAGCCUUGCAAACCCAUGACAACAACAUGGUCUACCGAGCAGCACUGAAUAUCAUAGAGAAAUACUUCUCUGGUGAGGAAAACACAGAUCUGCAGCCUGGGACUGGCCAAGAUGGACUGUACGAUUUCUCGGUGGAGAAGCAAGACUUCAACUUCUGAAGAUGAAACCCUACACAGCUCUGAGCUGGUGGGUGAAGGUGCUCUGGUAGAGCUCAUGUCUCUAGACCAAGAGGACCAAAAGCACUGAGUCUUUUUACUUCUGAAA